GAACCAAUUAACAUUCUAUAAAACAACCACGACAAAAAAAUGGAAGUCCAACUGUCAACCAUGUUUUUCCUCUUAAUCUCAACGGUGGUCUUACCACGGUCAACCACCGCCGGCGAUGCUCUCCCACCCACCUCCGGCGAAGCUUUAGCACCCACACCGGCACCCGAACCCACAUCGGACGACACCGAAUACAUCCGUUCGUGUUGCGAAACAACCCGGUAUCCCGACACAUGUUUCGCCACCCUCUCCAACUACUCCGGCGCCGUCCGGCACGACAGCGGCCGCCUUGCCACGGUGGCAAUCCACGUGGCACUACACAACGCCACCCACAUGGCCAGAUACGUAUCCAACAUGUCCAGGCAACCGGAUUCCGGCAAAACAAGAGAAUUCGCGGCAUUAUGCGACUGCGAAUCCGUAUUCGAAGACGCGGUCGAUCAGAUUAAUAAAUCGAUUAAGGAAAUGAGGCAGUUGGGGUGGACCGGUGAGUCGGUCCGGUUCCAGCUCAGCAACGUGCAGACGUGGAUGAGUGCGGCGUUGACGAACGAGGACACGUGUAUGGAUGGGUUUGAAGGGGUGGCGGAUGGUGGUGUUAAGGCGGAUGUGUGUGGCCGUGUGGUGGCGGUUGAGCAGGUUACGAGUAAUGCUUUGGCGUUGGUUAACCGGUAUGCGGAUACUAUAUCGGUUUAGGGUUUAUCGACGGUUGUUAAUUAUGGGUUAACUGUCAAACCAAACUUUGAAUUUAUUUGUGUUGAUUUGUGUGUGUGAUGAGUGAAAUAGAUUCAUUGGGUGUCAACUGUCAAAUAUUUGUUUUAAUUAUAUAUUUUUGUAUAUGAUGAUGAUGAUGAAUUGUUGAUAAUGAUGAGUCUUCUGCCACAGAUUAAAUUGGUGUUUUUUUUUUAUUAUGAAUGUUGUGAUGUAACAAAAAGAAUAUUGUAUUUAUGUAUGUGAAAUUUGUGAGAUU